UAUAUAAGUAGGUAUUUCCUUAAAUAAAGGGGAGCAGUGAUCCAGACUAUAUAUUGUUGAAAGCCACGAGAAACAGAGUUUAGCUUAUAAUUAAAAAAAUGUGGAAUGCUUCACGAUUUUAGGUGUCAUCUUUACAUAGGGACCAUGCUAAUAUUUUCUGGAUCAUUCCAAUUUUAGUAUAUGUACCACCCGAAGAGAGCACAACGAACAAACAUUAAUUUAAAUUUGUUUUUGUAUACCUAAAAAUUUAAAUAGCAGUCGAGAUAUUUUUUGUACAUGCUGUAUAACGCAAUUACAAACUUUUUCUAUCGUCCGGUACUUUGUGGUAUCUCAGUGGUCUCCAGAGGUUGAUGAAAUUGUCGUCCCACUCACAAAAUCGCAUAAUUAUACCAUAAAACUAGUCGUUGUAGUCGUCACUUACAAAACAGUUAGUUGUUCACUUAUCUCAUGAAUACUUUAGAUUACCGGCCGAUAACUAGGCUUAAACACAAAUAAAGAUAAGAAGACGAUGAAUAAUAAUUUGUAAUUCCUAAAAAACAAAAAUUUGUUGUGUGAGUAAUUUGUUAGUGUAUUGUUAUUGUUGUUUAUUAAAAUGGUUGUACAGGUGUAUAUAACUGGAGUCUCUUGUAAUACCGAGGUUAAAUCACGACAACAAAGAGUGCUGUCUAUUUUGGAUUCCAAAUGCAUUAAAUAUGAAACCGUGGAUAUUACAGGCGAAGAUGGUGAAAAACCGAAAGCGUAUAUGCAGUUAAAUGCCACGUCUCUGGGGGGAACCCUAAAUGAUCCUGUGCCGAAACAUCCACUACCUCCUCAGUUAUUUAAUGAUGGGAUUUAUUGUGGGGACUACGAUAUGUUUGAUGAAGCUAACGAAUUGGGAGAAUUAAAAUCAUUUCUUAAAAUCGAAGAAACCAAAAUUGAAGACAGCAGUGACCUUAUUGAACCUGAAGAUGUAAUACAAGUUUCAAACAAAGAAAUAGAACUGAUGGGUUAGCAAGUAUUCGCUAAGAAGUAGUGUACUGAUUUUUUUUUAUAUAUUUCAAAAAUUUUAUUUUGCAUCUCAAGAUAUUUUUUAAAUGUGAUAAUUUUGCAUUGACUUUUGUAUUAAUAAGAAAUUAGAUAAGCAAUUAAAUAUAACUAUACAUCUAAAAAAA